GAUGAUUGACUUCGAUUCUGCCCAAUAGAAUUAGAGGACAUUGUUGCCUUGAACUUCCGGGAAAUGGUAUAAGGUUUGAGGCCUACCCACGAGAGUCGCCAGAGAGAAAGCCGCUCUAUUCUGCCAACAGCGCACGCAACCAUGGCCGAGAAUGAUGUUGAGAAUGAGCUGCUGGACUAUGAGGAGGAUGAGGAGCCACAGGGAGCCCCCGAGAGCGCAGUUGCACCAGGCAAGAAGGAGGUGAAGGGUUCCUACGUCUCCAUCCACAGCUCCGGCUUCCGAGACUUCUUGCUCAAACCCGAACUGCUCCGUGCUAUCGUCGACUGUGGCUUUGAGCAUCCAUCCGAAGUUCAACAUGAAUGUAUUCCACAAGCCAUUCUGGGCAUGGACAUCCUCUGCCAGGCCAAGUCCGGUAUGGGGAAGACGGCGGUGUUUGUGCUCGCCACACUACAGCAGAUUGAGCCUGUGGAUGGACAGGUCUCUGUGCUGGUCAUGUGCCACACUCGUGAGCUGGCCUUCCAGAUCAGCAAAGAGUACGAGCGCUUCUCCAAGUACAUGUCCAGUGUGAAGUGCUCAGUGUUCUUCGGAGGCCUGCCAAUCAAAAAGGAUGAAGAGGUGCUGAAGAAGAGCUGCCCUCACAUCGUGGUGGGCACACCAGGCCGAAUCCUCGCCCUCGUCCGCAACAAGACCCUCAGCCUCAAAAACAUCAAGCACUUCGUCCUGGAUGAGUGUGACAAGAUGCUCGAGCAGCUUGAUAUGCGACGGGACGUGCAGGAUAUCUUCAGACUGACCCCCCAUGAGAAGCAGUGCAUGAUGUUCAGUGCUACGCUCAGCAAAGAGAUCCGGCCUGUCUGUCGCAAGUUCAUGCAAGACCCUAUGGAGGUGUUUGUGGACGACGAGACGAAGCUGACUCUGCACGGCCUGCAGCAGUAUUACUGCAAGUUGAAGGACAGCGAAAAGAAUCGCAAACUCUUUGACCUGCUCGAUGUCCUCGAGUUCAACCAGGUGGUGAUCUUUGUGAAGUCAGUAGCACGCUGCGUCGCUCUCUCUCAGCUGCUGGUGGAGCAGAACUUUCCUGCUAUCGCCAUUCACAGAGGCAUGGUUCAGGAGGAGAGAUUGUCAAGGUAUCAGCAAUUCAAGGAUUUCCAGAGGAGGAUCCUGGUGGCGACUAACCUGUUUGGCAGGGGGAUGGAUAUUGAGCGUGUCAACAUCGUCUUCAACUAUGACAUGCCUGAAGACUCGGACACUUACCUGCACAGGGUGGCUCGUGCCGGUCGAUUUGGGACCAAAGGUUUGGCCGUCACGUUUGUGUCCGAUGAGACGGACGCCAAGAUCCUCAAUGAUGUCCAGGACCGAUUUGAAGUGAACGUGGCUGAACUACCAGAGGAAAUCGACAUCUCUUCGUACAUUGAGCAGUCCAGAUGAAUUGUUCCUGUAAUCCCAUAAUGAUUGUGGUGCAGCUGGCAUCUUUGGAUGAUGGAAGAGAAGAUGCCUCCGUAUUUUAUUUUGAUAUCUGUUGACAGACCCCCUUUUCACCUUCCCAUGAAUUCUGUUAUAAUGUGUAUCUUAAAAUGUGUUUAUUUUAUUGCAGUCUUGGGGGGUACUUUUAUAAUUUCACUUGUUAAUUGUUGAUGUUCAUUGGUUUGAGAAUUAAAAUUUUUUUUUUUUUUUUAA